AUGGUCGAAGAAGACAUUUGGAAUCAAGAGAUUUAUUCUGACCAGAGCAUGAACGCGGAGGAUGCUUACAUGAAUGAGCCGUGGUCUGAGGCUGAAGAGGACUAUGGUCAUGACCUGGACAGAGAAGAACCUGAGCCUGAACCACCAGAUCAUUUUUGA